AUUUAAAAGUUGUCGAAAAGUAUAGUAUAUAUUUCACAGGUCCCAGUUAUUUACUGAAACGACAGGAGCGAGUCUCGGUCGAGGGACCCCAACGGAUCUACAUAAAGAACACGCAGGUGACGAAGGUAAGGGAACUCUUCCGACGUCCGUUGGCUAGAGUUUCCGGUUCCACCUCGAUAAAGCCAAAAGCGCCGAGUUCAUUUUCCUCUGUGAAAAUUCAAGAAACUCUCCAGAAGGUGGAAGUCCUAAACGUGAGGAUCGGCCAUGAGUUAAAUAGACUGGAGCGCUUUCGCAAUCAUUUUCUCGAAGUCAAAGAAGCUAUGAACCAAACUCCGUCUCUGGAGAAGGUGGAAGUAAGAAACCUGACUUGGAGCCAGAGCUUGAAGGCGAAUCAAGCGAAAGAGAGUCCUCUGUCCGUCAAUAGGAGUCCUGCAUCCGGUUCUCAGCUGAAUGUUAAGUGGGCCAAGUGCCGCACCAUCGGAAUCGCAGUCACGAAUAAGUCUCCAAACGCCGAUAAAAAAAGAGCCAGGGGAGGUUACUGUUGUAAUUGCGAUUAUUGUACUCAAGGCAUCCAAUCUGUGUGCCAAAACCAGUAUGGAACUACUCCCUGCUGCAACUGCUUGGGCAACUGCUCCGGCAACUGCGACAUGGCGUAUCAUCAACACUUCUGUGCUUACGGUGAUCUCAAUGGAGGGACCCCAUCACCCCAUCAGGGUACACAAUUUGGAAUAUCUUAUAUCAUGUAUCCGCGUCCAACUUGCGGAAGAUUAGUGACCGAUCUAAAUACAGAGGUAUUUUGCCGCCACUGGAGUCCGAGAAUCGAACGUGCUGUAGCACCAAAGGGGCGAAAGGAUUGUGGAACUCAAGUUAAAUGCCAGGAGAAAAGAAAUCGCUCUAGAAGUGGAAAGUACCUUAAUAAUAAAAAACUGGAAUGUAAUGUUAAGAGGGAGGCUACUUCACCAGUUCACAAUAAAUUUAGAAAACCUGAGAAAGCGAUAAAAAUUGAGCGGAAGAAAGAGCACGAGUCUACCAAGGAUCAUGGAAAAAAGAAAUGCAAGCCGAUAGACAGCCGUUUUUCGUCUUCGAAAGGAAUCCCCUGUAAAGCUCUGCCAUCCAAUGUUUGCUCAGAUGAACUUAAGGAUGAAAUCGAUUCGCAAAGUUACCAAGAAUAUUUCAAUCUGUAUAAUCAACAAAAUUGCAAGCCUCCGGAUCCGAAUCCCACAUACACAAGAAUGGCGGGUAAGGAAGAUACGAGAUUACCAAAACUUGAGGAUAAUAGUUUUUCAGAUAGGAUUACGGACCAUUUUACGGAGAACUCAUAUUCAUUUGAAGGUGAUACUGAACAUGAUUGCUUGCGCUGCAAAGAAAGAACUGCUCACUACCAAUUGGACGACAUUGGAUCUGGCACUUCCAUUCCAGAUGGUGUUCCAUAUCGGUGUUGUGAUGAAAAAGUUUCUUAUACCAAUGGUUAUGGUUAUGCUGAGGAAAUGGGGUACAUCAGUCCAGAUGCAAUCCUACGAGUUAAGUCCCAUAUCGAUAGAAGCUUUCAAAGGAGCGGUGAAGCCACAAAUGCAAAUCGCACACAUGCCCAGCAAUCCAAAUCCUUGAUGUCGAAGGGCAAUAAUUAUAAAGCAGUAAAGUGGGAGCACUCCGAGAAGCGUGUGCAGCCAGAUGCGAAGUGUGGUGAUAGGCGAAUAGGAGCUUAUCCAUUUCAGCGAUCAGUUACAGUCCAAAGCAGAGGACCCACCAGCUAUACCUCGACACCUCCUCAGCAUCCCUCAGCCAUGCAUGAAACUAAGGACACCCAGACGGAGUGUUCGUGUCGGGAGAGGCCUACGCAAACAGAGUGGCAUAUCGGUAUGGAUAAAGGCUGUCAAGUGUGCCGGGAACACCAGCAGUUUCGGGAUCAGCUCAAUCCUGCAUCAGCAGCUUCAUCUCAUUCCAGAAAGUUUCCCUAUAAUUCAAUGGCUACCAUGGAAAGCGAAAUUGCUAAAGCUGUGAUGAAAAGCACGUAUUUCGAUAAAGAACAUUGUAUUCCUGCCAGAUCCAAACACGAAACUUCAAGCAAUAGUAGAAAAAGAUCAGAUUACGGUCAUGUCCAUGAAAAGGGACACUCCGUGGUGGUGGAUUGCAGGGAAGGUAGUCCAAGAACACAAGGAGAAAUCCAGCACAUUACCUAUAAGCAGCCUGUUCCGCAACAAGUCCAGACUCAUCCAUAUAGUCCACGGACACCACCGCUAUCUUAUAGCCAACAUAAAAGUUAUAAAAAAGAGUACAUUACCCAGACUCCUCCACAAGCUGGCGCAAGUUCCCGGAGCCACAGUCCAUAUAGAAAUAGUUCUGUAGAAGAUCUAUCGUUGAGUUCUCAUAAAAGUUCUAGGAAAGUUCUAGCAAAUUCCCGGAGCAGCAGUCCGUAUAGAAAUAAUCCAGCUGAAGAUCUAUCGUUAAGUGCUCAAUCACAAUGUUCUCAGUGUCAGAAAAACUCUGAAUCCACGUAUAUUCAAAAUAUGCCCGGAAAUAUUGACUGUUUUCGAACUGAUGACGAUUCUUUCCAAAUGGAAAGACAGCAUUGCACCAAUGACAUACCCUCGAGAUGUGUGGAGACUCCAACUGAAUGUGUUUAUUGUGAAGGAGACCAUCCUGAACAGUCCUGUAAGCAGCAUAGCCCAAGAUCGUGUAUGUCUUCCCCAAGACAACUUUCAGUUUUGGAGACAGUCUGUGAAAAGCGCACGCGAACAGUGACCUUCGAGGACGAGAACGGGGGCCUGACCCAGGAGGAGGAUGUGAAGGAAAGUUGUCGCAGUCGCAUCGAUUGGGAGCGCGCCCUCAAAUACCACACAUCAGAUCACGGCGAUGAGACGGAUUAUACAGGAGCUAGCUCCACUUGCAGAUCCAGCAGCUCUGCGGAGCAAACGUGCAAUGAGUCCACCUGCGAUGAUGACUUCGCCAGCUGCGAUGAGUCGCAUCCGCAGACCAAUCACAUGCGAAUACCUUCGUUUAAUGGCUGUCCCUGCAUGUACCAGACAUACAUGAAUUUGGCCACCAUGUGCCAGAACGAAUGUGGUGGCUUCAUUCAAUGAGAGAGUCCUCGAUCCGAGAUGACCG